AUGGAGAAAGACCUGGACAGAUAUGAAAACCAGAGCAAAAAGGAAGCUAGCCAGACCGGAGGUGGACCAAGCUCGGCAGAGAGCCUGAAUGAAAUUGAUGACAAAGUCUUGGAAAUAAUGGGGGGAGAAAUCUUAAUUGAAGGGCUCCAAGUGCCAGAAUUAGGAUUAUUAUACACCUUACCGAAAGAAGCUGAGGUUGGCGAAGUGCCUGUAUGCAAAAGUUCUCCUGUACAUGAUAAUGAUGACAAGGAAAACCUGUGUCCAAAUAAUAUUAAAAAAAAGAACCUUAAACGCGUGAGACCACCACGUGGCACUAAAAGGUGUAGGCAGACAAAUUCAAUACCAUCAUCAGUCCAUGCCGCGAACGAUUUAGUUGCAGCACAACUGCAACUAAAUCAAAUAAAGGAAAAUUAUUAUAAAAAAAAUUGAAGUUUUAGAAAGAAUUGCUUGUAGUUCAGAAACAAGUGCUAAAAAAUAUGCAUCAUAGCUUUUUUUGUUUGUUUGUUUUUGUGUGUAUUUUUAUUUUCAGAGUAUAAGGUUUUGUUGUGAUGAGAUGUGUG